AUGGAUAAUAUAUAUGGUUCUGAAGAAAAUAUCGAAGACAGCGACGAUUUUAGUUCUGAUGACAACGUACCUUUGGCGAACCUCAAAGACAAUAAAUUUAGGUCUCCUUUUCAAGAACUACUGCCAACGCCAAACUACGCUGUGACAAAGAAUAAACCUAGGAGAAAAGCCAUCAAUUAUAAAGGCCAACGAGUCACCAAAGAUCUGUUUAAGGAACAAGAAACAUUGAAAGAAAAUAAGUUGACAAAGAAAAGAAAACCUAAAGAAUCAAAGAAGACUAAAAAUGAAAAAAAGAAACGAUCUAAAGGGGAUAAAAGAAAAAGAAGCAAUCUAUCGGUAGAGGAAUCUUGGUUCUGCCCAGCUUGCAAUGAAAAUCGUGUGUCUGAUAUGAGACAGUGUGUUAAAUGCAGAAUAUGGUACCACGAAGAAUGCCUAGGGCUAACCAAAAAUGAUAAAGAUUUUUUUUACUGUCAAAACUGUGAUGAAUAA